GUUUUCUACUUAUUUAUGACAAAUUAUAAUGRUGUAAUCUGAUAAAAAAAUGUCAAUAAGGUAACAAACCGAAAGAAACAGUAGCGCCAAAUGAAACAAAAAUCCUUUCAUCAAAACGCRUAAAAAAUUGAGAAGAAAUUAAAUGGCAAKAAUUUUAAUUUAGUAGCGUGUAGUUUCUCCUGUAGAUUUUAUUACUGUUGGUCUAUUGGGAAAUAAUGCUUUGGCAUUCGAAAAGCAUCGCUUGCUCGAGUUCCCUACGAUUCAUAGGAGCAGGUCGAUUGUUUAAGUGCAUCCCAUAGAUGCUCUACAGGUCUAUAUGAUUCAUAUCUGGGCUUCUUGGAGACCUCUCUCUCUUCCAGUCAGCGAAGGUCCAAUUUAUGUGUGUGUUUCUUAACAAAACGUAUAUUUCUGGUGAGCAGUGGUGCAAUAGCCGCCCUUCUACUGUUCAAUCCUCUUAAAUUAAGUCUUACCUUGACUGAUCGUGUAGGACUUAUUACAUUACGAGCUCCUGCUACGGCUCUGCUAAUUGGCCUUAUUAGGACCGCUAGGACACGCUCCCUCAUCCCUCAUAAAACACGAAAAAUCUGAACCGAAUUUUGAUGUCCAGGUUAUCCAACACAGUCCCAGCGCUUCACUGCAGCCCAAACCCCCUUCAACACCCUUAACUCCGAUUGCGGCCGUUCAUUUGCGCCCUCCCAUACCUGCAACUAAUCAAAACUCCAGCAACACGACGAAUCUAGGCAGCGUAACUAUGAAGCCUUCGCGUGAAGAAUCAAAACUAGUGAGUAAAACUCUAUUGGCCUCAACGGUGAUCUCUCCUCCCACAACCAGAGAACGGCCGGUGCUGAGGACGCGCCGUCCUCUUUUGCAGCGCAGCCAGGACUCGACAGAGGAUGAGGAACUGUUUUCUGCCCUUUUGAAUCUUUCCAUCUGCGCGCCCCAUUCGGGAGAACCUGCCCACCCGCAAGCUACCACCAUUCUCCACGACUUGGGCGUAACCAACAGCAUGACCGGUUCGGAUAUUAGUAGCCUGGCAAAUCUGGAUUCGCCUCCGCGCGCCACUUCGCCCACUGUGGAGAUGAGAGAGCUGCUGGAUAAGAUCCAGCAGUUGCCCGUUCAGAAGAGCCCCAACCCGCCCGCAACGUCUGGAAGCACUCAUAGCAGGGCCUACUUUCACAGAGUGAGGGCGAAGACCCUGUACAUGCCUCUCGGCGACGUCCAGACAGUCAAUUCCGGUAAUGCCAGUCAAAGCAAAGCCAUCCCUUCAGUUUUCUCGAAAAGAUGGUUGUCGAGGUCGGCGCCGUGCACCCCUUGCGGGCCAAUUGCGCCCCCAUUUCCUUCCGGCCGGAACAGCCACAGGGGGAGCAAGACGCGCGUCAGUGACGGCAGCCCCCUUUUGAAGCAGCACGCCGAAGAAGCAGACGAAGAUUCCCAUCGGGAUGUGUUCUUAUGAUCAUGAGGAGUCGAUUGUUGAUCGGGAAGUGCGUCUUCUGCUGGUUGGCGAUGGGUGCUUUCUUCAGCGGAUUUUUUAGAAAUAGCGCAAACUACGCUACAAUGUCGAAUCGAAUUAGGCGCUCAAUUUUUUUAGGUCAGUGGCGGCUGCUGAUUUUAAUCGGAGUUUUAAGCGAAUAAAACUUCGAAGGAAACACAUUUUUUUCGGAAUGAAAUUUUUGUUAAUCGACUGCAGUUUUCGAUGUUUUUACUAUGGAUGAAUGGAUUUAGGAUUUGUGUGUACAUUUUGCAGGCGACGUUUUGUUUGGAAGUUAUUUAAGUACCUUCAAAAUUGACCUCAAAAUUCCUCUUGAGAUGUUGUUUGUAAAUAUAGUAAAAACAAAUAAUUCUCACUUAAAGCCGACAUAUCUCCGAAAACUACGUGGGCAAUUUCUCUCAUUAAAGCUCAAAUUUUUCCAGAAUUUUUGAAAAUAAUAGCGAAUUUUAACACUGAGUAAGACUAUAAGAACUACUGCUCUUUUACAUUUGAAAAAAAAUAAUUUUUUAAAGACUAAAAUGAAUGACAUUUUAGUCUUAGAUUUAAGAAAGAUUGUGUGUGUAAACAAAGAAAAUUUAUUUCAAUGGGACGGUUUAUACAGGAAAAAUCUAAAAUCUCAUUAAAACACACUGCACAACAUUUCUUCAGGUGUUCUUACGUCUCCAAAACUGAUAUUUCGCGAUUUGUAUUAAGUAGAUCCUUACUUAACGGGAAACAAAGAAAAUGCAAUUA